AUGGCUGCCGAGAUAGCGGCCCGGCCACCUGUCCACGCCGUGCUCGAAGCACAGCAAAGGGUGCCACGGAUGGCCAAACACGAGGGGGACUCGGAGCUGCCCUUCAUCACCGUUGCACUCGAGGUCAAGUUCACCCUGUUUUGGUGUAGGGAAGUUGUCAUGCGGGACCAGUCUAGUAUUCUUUCCAUCGCGAUGCUGCUUAGGAAACCGCUGGAAGCGACAAGUGCGAGGACCAUUGAUCUUGGACCCGAGUUGGCCCGUCAGAUGGAAGACGAGGGCAUAAGGAUGAGAUACGGGGCACGGAUGAAAGAGCACAAGAGGGGUGUCUAUGAGCUGGCUUUGUGGUGUGACUCAGACAAGUUCUAUGAAGGAAAGUAUCAGUGA